CUCAUCAUAAACCACCUGAACCAUGGAGCCCCACGAUAAAACUCCCAACACUGCCAUCACCAGCGACCAGCUUAAUGCCCUCGUUAAUAAUCUGCCUCCCAUCACCCGCUCCGUCGUCCCAACGCUGACGGGCUGGCCAGCUUCAGGGGGUGUUUGGACUCUGAAUCCAACCCAGGCCCAGCUAGAUCAGGUCAACCGGCUUCCGAUCAUGUCGGAUAUGGAGGAGUACUGUCGGGCUUUGGAGCAAAUCGGUGCUACCUUCUACAGCGAUCCUACGCAGUGCAAGGAGGUCCAAGCUAUAAUGGCAGAUGGUGUAGACCUGCAACUUAAGCAGACAUCACCUGAAAGACAGGAUCAGUGAUUCCAGGCUGAUUUAAGGCUGAAGCAUGUGUAUUCAGAUCGAAGCGAAGGCCUAGACAACAAAGGAAUGAAAUCCGCGUGUUGAGUUCAUCAUUUAAGUCAUGAAUAGAUCACAGCCAAAUGCUCAGAUAGAAGACGAGUACAUUAAAGAACCUAGGCCCAUGAAAGGCA